AGUUUUUGCGCCUCUGUGUUUUACGCGCAGAGAGAGAAUGGCCAGGAUAUUGUGCAUUUUGUCUGUAGUAAUUUUUGUCGUGAAAACUGACGAUGUCAGCGAAUUUAAUGCAACUAUAACAGCCGUGAACGUUACAUUUAACUCUACUGUUAACAGAACGAUUGCUUUUAAAACGACAACUGCGUUCUCGUUAUUCUCCCCCACCACCACAGUCAAUAACACAGGUUUGGGAAAGAAAAAUCUGGGAAAGAAAAAUCUGGGAAAGAAAAAUGUAGAAGACAAGCGCAUCGAUCAAGACGAGGAUGGAAAACGUGAAACCAAGAAUGGCACAGCAGAUGCAAAGAAAGGACCUGACUGUCCUCCACUGGGUCUGAAGUCACUGAGGGUUGAUGACAGCCAGUUCAAGGCUUCAUCCUACCUGCGGAUGGGCCUUGGCCCUCAUAGGGCAAGGCUCAAUAUACAGUCAGGUAUCGAGGACGGAGACCUGUACGACGGUGCGUGGUGUGCUAAGUAUGAGGACCAGAACCAGUGGCUGCAGGUGGAUGCUCUGCGCCCCACGCUGUUCACAGGAGUCAUCCUGCAGGGACGUAACUCCAUCUGGAGCUGGGACUGGGUUGAAACCUACAAAGUGCAGCUGAGUAACGACUCAGAGACCUGGAAGACCUGCAUGAACGGCUCAGAGGAGGCGGUGUUUGUUGGAUCCCGAAAUGAACCCGAGACACCCUAUCUGGCCCUGUUCCCUCAGCCCGCGGUGGCUCGUUGGAUCCGCAUCAACCCCCAGACCUGGUACUGGAAUGGGACCAUCUGUCUCAGAGCAGAGGUACUGGGAUGCCCCCUCCCAGAUCCAGACAACGUUUGGCAACACCUCUCUGAGAAACGGUCUGGUUCUAAAGAUGACCUGGACUUCAGACACCACAACUACAAGGAGAUGAGGAAGCUGAUGAAGGCUGUGCAUGAGGAAUGCCCUCGUGUCACUCGUAUCUACACCAUUGGAAAGAGCUACACCGGACUGAAGCUCUACGUCAUGGAGAUCUCUGACAACCCUGGAAAACAUGAACUGGGUGAGCCAGAGUUCCGCUACGUGGCAGGUAUGCAUGGGAAUGAGGUGGUGGGCAGAGAGCUGGUGCUGAACCUCAUGCAGUACAUCUGUCGGGAGUUUAGACGGGGAAACAAACGCAUCGUCCGUCUGGUGACCACCACACGCAUCCACCUGCUUCCAUCUAUGAACCCUGAUGGAUAUGAAACAGCCUUCGAAAAGGGGUCGGAGCUGGCAGGUUGGGCUCUGGGACGCUAUAGCUACGAGUGGGUCGAUAUGAACCACAACUUCCCCGACCUGAACAAUAUCAUGUGGGACGCCAAGGAGAAUGACACGGAGACGGUUAAAACCGCCAACCACUACAUCCCUAUACCAGAGUACUACACUAAAGAGGAUGCCUUCGUGACCCCAGAGACACGUGCGGUCAUCAACUGGAUGCAGGAUAUCCCCUUCGUCCUGAGUGCCAACCUCCACGGGGGAGAACUGGUGGUCACCUACCCCUUCGACUGCACCCGGGAUUGGGCGCCUCAGGAAAAUACCCCUACGGCUGACGAUAGUUUCUUCCGCUGGCUGGCCACGGUCUACGCCUCCACCAACCUGGUCAUGGCCAACCCUGAUAGGAGGAUCUGCCACUCUGAAGACUUCCAACAGCACAACAACAUCAUUAACGGAGGAGCCUGGCACACCGUCCCUGGGAGUAUGAAUGACUUCAGCUACAUGCACACCAACUGCUUCGAGGUGACGGUGGAGCUGUCGUGUGAUAAGUUUCCUCACGCCAGCGAGCUUUCUACAGAGUGGGAGAACAACAAGGAGUCUCUGCUGGUCUACAUGGAGCAGGUUCACCGAGGCAUCAAGGGAGUGGUGAGAGACAAGAUGACAAGGAAAGGCAUUGCAGACGCCAUUGUCAAAGUGGAAGACCUGGACCAUGACAUACGAUCAGCGGCUGAUGGGGACUACUGGCGUCUGUUGAACCCAGGGGAAUACAAGGUGACGGUGUGGGCGGAGGGAUACUUUCCCUCCAUGAGGCGGUGCAGCGUCGGGAACGAAGCGCGCCUCACCAUCUGUGACUUGACCUUGGUCAAGACGCCCCGGCAGAGGAUGAAGGAGAUCCUAGCCAAAGGGGGGAGGUUACCCCAGGAUCUGCAACUGAAGCUGAGAGCACUGAGACUCAGGAAGCUGAGAGCCUCCACCAAGGCCAUCAACCAGCGGAGGGAGCGCAGCCGCAAGGCCAGGGCACCGCGCCCUCUCACACCCCUGGCCUGAGAGACAGGGGACAGACUGAGGCUGCUUCACAAAUGACACCCUACUCCCCAUUGGACUCUGGUCAAAAGUAGUGCACUGUAAUGGAAAUAGGGUGCCAUUCUCUGGUCCAAAGUAGUGCACUAUAUA